AUGAACCAAGAUGACUUCCGACAGAUGCUCGCAAGCGGCGAGGCUAGCGAGGCCAAACGCAGCUACGGAGGCAAACGCAACCUAUCCGAGGCGGAUCUCUCUGAAAUUAAGAAGCUGUCUACGAAGAAAGCGAAGAAGAAAAGCAAGAAACCAACGAAUGCAACGCCCGCAGACGCAGCCGGUCCUCGGCCGCCCAACAGUCAGUACCGAGACCGAGCGGCCGAGCGACGUAGAGGUGAAACAGGAGACAUGAUCGAUGCCGAAGAGUACAAACAUUUAGACACGGAGCAGAGUAAGUUUCUCGGUGGAGAUAUGGAGCACACGCAUCUAGUCAAAGGACUGGACUUCGCGCUACUCUCUCAGUUGAAGCGUGAGAAGCAGAAGCUGCUGGCCGAGAAACAGAAACAAAUGGCGUUCAAAACGCGAAUGGGAAGACUAGUGUACUUCCACGCGUGUCAGAGCACGCCGGAGAGCACGACGUCGGUCAAGUCGGAGCUGUUCUUGCCCGGUCGAAUGUACUAUACAUUCAAUCUAUCACCUACUGAGCUUGAGAGUGUCCCUGUGAGUGUACAACGCAGUAAAGAGGAUUGUCCUGAGCCUGAUGAAGUGGUGAGUGGGACAGUAAAUGAGUCGCUUAUUGACCGCGUGGCAGAGCUGAUGAGCAGCAAGAAAAACGGCAAGAAAAUGCGAAAAAAGAAGAAAAGAGACAGUCCUAUUCAUCAUAGUGACAAACAAGAGAUAGAUGGUGUUGAAGAAGAGCAGAAUGAUGUAGAGAUGCCUGAGACAGAAGUUGAAGCUGCAGUUGAUGAGGACGAAGAUAUUUUCCCUGAUGUGGGUGACUACGUUCCGAUGGACCAACGUACGGACGAUGAAUCUGCUGGUGAAUCCACGAAGGAGGCUGUUAAGAAAGCUGGUUACUUCUCGAAUCUGAGUGCUGCUAUCACUGAAAAGGAAGAAGCAGCUCGGAAGAAAGAAGAAGACGCAGAGCGAGAGUGGAAGGAGACACUGCAGAAGGCGGUGGAGACCCAGAAGAAGAUGGAACGAGAGAAGGAACGGAGAGAGAAAGCGGCCAAGAUGACUGGGGGAGCGGACGACUAUGCAGAGUAUCAGGGUACUGCGAGACGUCGCAAGGCUGCUGGUCUAAGUGGCCGUAAAGAUAUUGUGGACUCGGAUGAAAAAACUCGUCGGAAAAAGCAGAAACAAAGCAACAAACUUGCGAACGACCUUGAGAAGAUCAACAAGGUACGGUUGUAUUAA